AUGGCAGAUGUAGGUGUCCCAGCUGGUGGCGUAGGUGCCGAGCCCAUUGUUGCGCCUAAUGUUUGGUCCGACCAUUUGGACAAGACCGAUUAUUCACUGCUAUUUGGACUCCCAUUAGGCUCUCUAUUGGUGAUUACGUUCGUAUUACGCGUCCUAUGGCGUCCAAAGUCUGGACCAAAAUUUAGACUACCGAAACAGGUGCCAACCUACGGUAGUGUAGGAAUGGAUGAUGAUAGCUACGACUACGACGGUGACUCGAAUGACCUCAUUUACGCUGGACAGGUAGCAGGUCGCUACGAUACGCGGUGGACACGCACGUUUGAUUUCGUCUUUCUUGUGGGUAUGACGCUCUUUGCUGCGGUACUUACAGGCCUCACGACGGUGCUACAGCCUGAUUUAUGGAGCAAUACAAGUUUUUGGUUUUUCCUGCUGCCAAAGGUCCUCAUUAUGAUGGGCGUUUCGACACUUGGAGGCAUCAUCUGUCGCUUCUUCUGUAUCAUUGACGAUGCUGGAUACGUCAUUACUGAACGUAACUCCGUGUUUAAAGUCAACUACACGAGAAAGUUUCAGCUACUGGCGGCAUACCUCGUGCCAUUACUCGUUAAGCCGGAUGAAGAGUCAUGUCCCGAGUGCGAUAGUUCCUUAGCACUGGCUUGGGGAGAUUUUGUGACACUCUUCUGUUUCUUACUUAUGAUUAAGCCCAUUCGCGAGCGUUCAACGCUCUUUAUGCUGCAAUUUAAUUCGCUUGAUCGACCUGAAGACCGACCACAUACGCUUAAGUGGAUUGUGGCAGGGAAUGUGUUUCCAGGCCUCUUUGUGUUGCUGUUCUUUCGCUGGCUAUUUGCCCGUACGACGCAGUCCGAUCUUAUUUUCAUUCUCGUUUUUGUAACCAGCAUCGGUGAUGGAUUAGCUGAACCCAUUGGUAUUGCAUUCGGAAAACAUAAAUACUCAACAAGUACGUGCUGUUCCAAACGCAAGUACACGCGCAGUUUUGAAGGCUCCGCUUGUGUAUUUUUGUCCGGCAUUGUAUUUCCAGCGCUCCAAUAUUCCGAUUUUGAGACGCCUAUGCAGCUGUGGUUAACAAUGAUUAUCCUGCCUUUCGUCGUGGCUUAUGCAGAAGCAACGGCACCCCACACGAUGGAUGCCCCAGUACUUAUGGCAGCUACUGGGCUUGUGCUGUACACCAUCAUCCAUAUCUUUUAA